CAGACAGCCGGGCAGGCGGGCGGGCGGCCCUUCGCGCCGGUAGGCGCGGCACCUGCGGGCAGAAGCAUCGGCUGCGCAGAGCCCAGACGACCCGACUCCGAGCUGCCGCUGAGAUGAGCGCAGUGUCGGAGCCCCAGGCUGCCCACAGUGCCCCGGAGAAGCCGGCCAGCACGGCGAUCCUGUGUAACACCUGCGGGAACGUGUGCAGGGGGGAGGUGCUGCGGGUGCAGAGCAAGUACUUCCACAUCCAGUGCUUCGUCUGCAAAGAAUGCGGCUGUGACCUGGCCGAGGGCGGCUUCUUCGUGCGGCAGGGCGAGUACAUCUGCACCCAGGACUACCAGAGACUGUACGGGACCCGCUGCUUCAGCUGCGAUCAGUUCAUCGAGGGUGAGGUGGUGUCGGCGCUGGGCAAGACCUACCACCCAAACUGCUUCGUGUGUGCUGUCUGCCGGUUGCCCUUCCCGCCCGGGGACCGAGUGACCUUCAACGGCAAGGAAUGCAUGUGCCAGAAGUGCUCCCUGCCCACCUCAGCGGGCAGCAGCGUGCCCCUGUCCCAGGGCCUCUGGAGUUGCAAGGGCUGCGGAGUGGAGAUCAAAAACGGCCAGUCCCUGGUGGCCCUGGAGAAACACUGGCAUCUGGGCUGUUUCAAGUGCAAGACGUGCGGGAAACAACUGAACGCGGAGUAUAUCAGCAAGGAUGGGCUGCCCUACUGUGAGGCGGACUAUCACAGCAAGUUCGGGAUCCGCUGCGAUGGCUGUGAGAAGUACAUCACGGGGCACGUGCUGGAGGCGGGGGAGAAGCACUUCCACCCUCUGUGUGCGCUAUGUGUCGGGUGCGGCCGGAUGUUCGCGGAAGGCGAGGAGAUGUAUCUGCAAGGCGCCUCCGUCUGGCACCCGGCGUGUCGACAGGCGGCCAGAACUGAAGACAAAAGCAAGGAAACCAGAACCUCUUCAGAGAGCAUCAUUUCCGUCCCUGCUUCCAGCACCUCAGGGUCUCCGAGCCGCGUGAUUUAUGCCAAGCUGGGUGAUGAGAUCCUUGACUACAGAGACCUGGCCGCUCUCCCUAAGAACAAGGCCAUCUACAGCAUCGACCGCCCCGACAUGAUCUCCUACUCGCCCUUCAUCAGCCACUCGGUGGGGGACAGGCAGAGCUGCAGCGAGUCCCCGCGGCUGCUCUCGCCGACGCCGCCCGAGGGGUAUCAGGAUGACCGCUCCUACAAGCAGUGCCGGACCUCCAGCCCGAGCUCCACCGGGUCGGUCAGCCUCGGCCGUUACACCCCGACCUUGCGGUCGCCCCAGCACUACAGCCGUCCAGCCGGGCGGCGAUCGGAUGGGGAGGACGGAAGUUUCAACGCGGAUAACAGGAAGCAGAAGACCAACUGGCUGCUUCUCAAGGGGGACGGAGACACUAGGACCAACUCUCCAGACCUAGACAGCCAGUCUUUGGCCCACAGUAGCGGGACUGAUAGAGGUCCUCUCCAAACGAUGCCAGGGGACAACAUUUACUCACGUGAGUGGUUCUUUUGAGCAAGGAGCUGUCAGUGUGGCAUGAAAGUCCUUACAGAAAAGGGGCCCACAACCUCGAGCCAAUCCCCCCCAGAUCUAAGCCUUGCUCAUUAAAAACUACGAGAGCAAACCCACAGAGUGGCGAGCCCGGUAGGAAGCAGACCAGUAGCCGUGUGCCGGCUUCCCUUGGUGACACCCUGAUUCAGCCAGCCUGCUGCCCAAGGGCCACGCCAGCGUCUCCCGGAACUCUCCAGAGCCGGCAAGAGGGCAGAAGGCCAACUCAGGCUCCUGGGCUCCUUUGGGAAAAGGGCUUGCAGGCUGCCAGGCUGGAAGUUGAGGGCCCGGCUCCCUCCGGAGCGGACAGGAGCAUGGUCCAGGGGGGCGAGUCCAGACUCGGAGCCGAGAACGGCAUUAUCGUGUCUCCUGUGCUCAUCUUGGGCAAGGGGCCGGGAGCUGGGACUACAGAUCCUCAGGGAGUGCAGGAGACAAAGACCCCGUCUGCCUGAUCCGGGGGGUCGUGAAGCUGCAGUAGGCGUGACCUUCAGAUGCCGGGCCGAACUCCCCAUAUAACAUUCUUCACGUCCAGAGGCUGUAAAUUACAGGCGGAAACGACAGCAAGCUGUCGUCUGAUGCCCGCGGUAGACGGUGGGCAGAGUCUUUGGGUCUCAGCAGCUGUGGGUGGGUUUCUGUGGAGAAGCUGGAGGCUUAGCUUGGAAGCAGAGGCCAGGAGGGGAUGGUUGUGGACGUGAGAAAGCCAAGGAGAGACACUGGCUUUGCCGUAAGACAGACCUGAGUUCAAAUGGUGGCUCACCACUCGCUGGGCCCCAUUUUCACCUGUGUGCCCGGCGGGGUCGCUAGAGACCCGGAGGAGGUACCACGUGUGCAGCCAGCACUUGGCCGGGCCCGUAGUAGGUGCUCAUCGUCAUCACCACCAUUCUCGUGACUGUAAACCGUCUCGCAAAUGAAAGUGCGUGUGUUCCGACGUGGGAAGAGGGUGAGAAGCGUGGAGGUGAUCACUGGUUAAAGAAGACGCCUAAACAGAGAAAGCGUGUGUCGUUUUGUGUGUGAUCUCUGUAAGCAGAUGUCUGUGUGCCCCGGGCCCCGUCCGCCUGGGCCUCUGCUCUCUAAAUGGGACCCAGAGCCGGAGCACAGGGCUGACAUCCCCGUUGGAAGGUCACACCGGCGAGUCCCCCAGAGGACACCAAAGCGUUAGCCCCGGGACUCGAGAGCACCCAGGAAAGGACUAUCUGGGGUCCUCAGGGUGGUCUUUUCUAGCUUCAGUCCUUCCCUUGCUGGGAGGUGGGUGGGCCCGCAUCUGCAGCUCCCCGCGCUGUCUCAUCUAGGGGGGCAGCUGCUGUCCCCAGGGAGUCCCACUUACCUUCCGCUCUGCCUGUGGCUUGGGGCUUAGGGAGGUGGGGACACCAUCUGGGGAGAAGCCUGGGCAGGAGACGGGCCGCCCCGUGGGGACCUCCCUGUGCCGCGCUGACCCGUUCGUGUUUCCUCACCUCUGUGCACUGCUUCCUCGUCUGCACGUGCUGGACGAGGCGCCCUGCGGUCGUCCCAGGUGUCCCCCAGACGGUAGGCCCUGUGAGACCCGGAGGCUGUGCAAGUGUUUUGGCCAGUCACACACCUUCAAGGUCUGUUUGUCAGCCCCGUUCCUUGCUGCCAUGUUCCGAUCACAAGCUGCAGGUGUAGCCGCGGAUGGGAAUGGACCGCCUCCCAUCCAGGUGUGCCUGGCCGGCAGGAAUUGGAAAGCCUGUGCUAGAAUUCGUGCUCUAACUGGGGCGAACCCUGCAAAGUGCAAACAACCUGCGUGCGUGUGCGUGUGUGUGCGCGUGUGUCCUCCUCCUUCAGGGAUGCAGGCUCACGAUGACCAUGACAAUGGUUCUGUCAUCCCUUCACUUUCUACACAUGUUCUGACGUCAAUUCCUCCGAAUGGGAAACCCACUGUGUCUAACAAUUGCAACUGUGCCUUUAUUUCUGUCCUGGUGACAUCGCCUUGUUUCCCAACGUGCAUGGAAAUAGCAGCGAGGACCCAGGCUGCUGGUCGUGCCUAGGUCAGGCGUGCCUUGCUAUCUGCCGGUCUCUUGAGACAUUUGGACGGGAUGAGCACACUCUUAAACUGAGAAGAGAGGGGUAUCCGCCUUCUUUUCUCGGGUUCCUUCCAAUCUCACCAUGUAGCCCCCAACUGCGAGUCCAUCGACACCAGUUUCAUUUGCAAACAACCGUUAUUGAACGAAGUGUUUGCAUGUGGCAAGGCACGCCUGCCGGCAUCCCUGGGACGUCCAUCUGUAGCGCCCCAAGGAGGGGAGGAUUGUGACACUCAACACAGUGGGCGCUCAAUAAAUGUUUGUUGAAUUGAGAUGCAUUAAAUUCAACGGGUAUUUAUUGAGCACCCACUCUGUGCCAGACGCUGUGUAGGGCACCGAGGGGGAGACCGAGAAGAGCAGCCCCUGACCCAGAGACGCGUGCAGGGAGCU